GUGGAAUAGUCAAACCACAUCUGGAGCCGCUGCUUCGCGAAUACCCAGCGGGCUCGAGCGUGCAAUGUGUUUCCAGUCAACAGUCUGUGCUGCACUCUCUGGUGGAGAUGACUUUGGUAUCAGACAAUCUGGGAAGAGUUACAGCAGACAGGAGUUCCGUGGUAUGGUUUCCCAUCAGGGACUCAUAUCGGAUUAUAGAGGCCUAUUUGGCCUGCCAUCUUCGAGCAACUUAUAUGGAUAAAUUGUACGGGCAGGUUUGGUUGAUGGUACCAGUAAGAGUUCUAGCGACCGAGAGGCUUUUCGUCAGUCCGAAUCCAGUAGUCGACGAGGAGGAGAUAGUUAGCUGCAAAACGUUCUCUCCGAUAAGUGAGAAAUUCCCCCCGGUCCUCAUUCUACCCUUCAGGAUGGAUAAACACAUGCUAACACGCGAGGAUGCCAGUGUCUACGAAGUGAACAAUCAGAUGCAUUCUGGAGGCCACGUUUACCAUUGUACACUGUUCUUACCCGGGAGAAGUCCACAAGUACUGGAGGAUCGGAUCAGUGUAUUACAUCUUCCCCAAACCACGGUGCUCGAGGAAGUAAAGGAUAAUGACGAAUUGCUCGGAUGGUUCUGUUUGACUGACGGUUAUCCUAACGAAGCCAGUACCUAUCAGCUUACAAUUCUGGAACAGCCCAGUAAUUCCUUCUACCAGAUUGAUGUGAACGAAUUGGUGCUGACACCCUAUUCGGUUUUCGGACAGUUGAGAGUGCAGUGUAUUGCCGAAGGCGUAUGGAAUGGGCAGAAUAUUGUGGUUAACGGUACACAUAAUUUAACUUAUGUUGGAAGCAAUCGGAUGACCGCAAAACACAAAGCACUGUUUCGGAUUAACCCGAAUCAGGUAUACUACACUCUGGUUCUCGUCAGUGUCAGCAUCUACUUCGGAAUCUACGGAUACUUAUUGAGGAGAACACUGAAGGACAAGAAAGCUGAUCAAGUUCCCGUGGAUCCUGUCAUGAUACAUAAUGUUAUACUGAACAUUCAUGAAGUUAGUUUGGGAUGGACCGACUUUGGUCAUCUUUGCAGUCUGCUGCACGAGUUCAACACAAUACACAAGAUCUGUUUCAUGCUUGCUGAGAGUGACUUGCAAUCACAGCCUACCAGUUCACCGAACGAUCUCCAGCCAGUUGAGGUGGAACCGGAUCAUUCGCUGACAAGCGGCGACAGUAUCUCGACGGACGGUGACAUUAAAAAUUCGUAUCAAGACGAGCCGCUAACGUUAAACGAAGCUCUAAUGAAGCAUCAGGACAGUCGAAGUCAGCGCUCUAUCCUGCUUACAGGGGAGCAUUCAUUACCAAGAUUUUCCGUGCUGAUCAAUGAACCUUUAUCUUAUCAGGUCAGCGAGCCUAUCUCACAUUCUUUGUCAAGUCAGACUGAACAACGACAAAACGAAUGAGGCUGAAAACACUUCAUCCGCAGGCGUUCAUCCGCUGAGCCACCAAGUGGGUUGUUUUACAAAUCAUCACUGACGAAAUCUUGCAAAAUGUCCUGUUUUGUACUGAUCCGUUGGCACAUGCGUGCCUACGCGUUACUGAGCCGAAAUGCGUAAUAUUUUUGUGAAUCAAACCAACUGUUUGUUC